AUGGAGCCCGAGUGGGGCCCCCUGAGCGUGCUGGGGGCCGUCGCCGCCGCGUGGCUGCUGCUGCGGGCGACCUGGGAGCUGGGCCGCGGCGUCUACGUCUACCUGCUGCCCCGGGCGCGCCGGGGCGCCCCCUGGCUCCGGGCGCACGGAGCCUGGGCAGUAGUGACAGGAGCCACCAGCGGCAUUGGCAAGGCCUACGCACACGAGCUCGCCCAGAGAGGCCUGAACAUUGUCCUCAUUAGUCGCAGCCUCAGCAAGUUGGAGCUAGAGGCCAAGGAGAUAGAGCGGCUUCAUGGUAGGAACACACGCGUCAUCGUGGCCGACUUCACUGGGGGCUUGGAGAUCUACGAAGCCAUCGAGGCAGAACUGCAGGACCUGGAGAUUGGAGUGCUGGUGAACAACGUGGGCAUGGUGUACUCAAGACUCCCUCAGAAACUGCUCAAUGGUGAGAACGUCGCCAAACGCAUCUCGGAUAUUGUCAACUGCAACAUUAUGUCUGUGGUCCAGAUGACUCGGCUCAUCCUGCCCCAAAUGGUCACCAGGGGCAAAGGCAUCAUCAUUAACAUCUCUUCAGUGACUGAUUCGCACCCCUGGCCACUCUUAGCAAUGUAUUCAGCCUCUAAGGCCUUUGUGCGAAGUUUCUCCAAGGCGGUGGGUGCAGAGUACUUCCCUGAGGGGAUCACCGUGCAGACCGUGAGCCCUUUUUUGGUUGCCACAAACAUGACCUCUCUUUUUAAACCUGGACUGCUGGUGAAGACUCCACAAGACUUUGCCCGGAAGGCCUUGGACACCCUUGGCCUGUCCUUGGACGUCUCCGGGUGCUUCAGCCAUGCUGUGCAGAAUCUUGGCUCAGGGCUGCUGAUCUUAACAAAGACGCCAACAGAGAUGUCUCACACGUCGGAAUAA